AUGAACGGAGGCCGAUUUGAUUUCGAUGACGGCGGUACAUAUAUCGGCGGCUGGGAAGAAGGAAAGGCCCAUGGUCAUGGAGUCUGUACAGGUCCUAUGGCAAAAGGCGAGUUCGCUGGAGCUUGGCAUUACGGAUUCGAAGUCUCUGGCGUAUACACUUGGCCGUCUGGUAAUACCUAUUAUGGUCAAUGGCAAAAUGGUAAACUACACGGCUUAGGAGUAGAACAUCGAGGACGAGGAGUGUAUAGGGGUGAAUGGACACAAGGUUAUAAAGGUAGAUACGGUGUGAGGCAGAGUACCGUGAAUCAAUCAAGAUAUCAAGGGACUUGGUCUGCUGGAUAUCAUGAUGGUUAUGGUACCGAAAUUUAUGUAGAUGGAGGUCAUUAUCAAGGUCAAUGGCUCCGAGGGACAAGGCAUGGCUAUGGAACCAGGAAAAGUAGCUCAUAUGGAACAGCGGCUAAAUUCCGUUCGCGAUCACAGACUCAUGCUUCCAUGUCCAGUUUGCGAAGUGGUCGAUGCGAAGAGGAAAUGACUGAUGAUGAAGGAAAAGAGAGAAUCAUGGGACGUGGUGGAUUUGUCUUGAAAGCCAAUAGCUCAGCUCCUCAGCGUAGACGACGGUCUUUAUCCGAACGAUCAUUAGCCGUGAAACGGAGCAUUUUAACUGGACUUCGGAUUAAAAAACAACAUUCUACAGGUGAUAUCCAUCAAAGGGUCACCAGCAUGACAGGCAGUCUACGAUCCAGUGGUAGCACCAUGAGCUGUACAUCUGAAGAUUCCCUACACAAACUUCAACUUGAACAACCAGAAGAAGAACCUAUCGAUGAGAAUGUGACGGAAAUCUAUAUGGGAGAAUGGAAAAACGAUGCUCGCAGUGGUUUUGGUGUUUGUGAGAGAAGUGAUGGACUAAAGUAUCACGGUGAAUGGGCCAAUAAUGCCAAAUGUGGAUAUGGAGUGACAACGCUGAAAGAUGGAACUCGCGAAGAAGGGAAGUAUAAGAACAAUGUUCUCAUUAUAUCCGCUAGGAGAAGAGGAGCCCUUUUCGUGAGAGCUACGAAAAUUCGAGAACGUGUAGAAGCUGCCUAUGAAGCCGCUCAACGUGCUGCAUCUAUUGCUCAACAGAAGGCUGAUAUCGCUGCUUCACGAACAUCUACGGCAAAAGAAAGAGCAGAACAGGCUAAAUUUGUUGGAGCUCAGGCUCAGGUUGAUGCUGAUAUUGCUCGAAAGAACGCCGCGAAAUAUGAUCCAUCAUUUCUUCCAGCAGUUGAUGCACGAAAGCGACAACUUGUUACUUCUCGAGGAGGCGAAUCUUUUGGCACAGAUCUAUCUGAUCCUCAUUCUUUCUCCAGGCAUUUAUCAGAAACUCAUAGCAGUAAUAAAGGAUCUUUUGAACAAAACCUUUCAAUAGACAUGCCAGAAGGAGCUUACUUAACCCCACUGGGACCUGGUCCAUCUGGACAAAUGUUCAAUCAUAUAGGUCAGCAGUCGGGUAAUCAUGUGAAUUUUCAUCUACAACCGACUUAUCACGGAUCGCCUACAAGUACGGGUGCAUAUUCGGAUGACAUGCAGGGCGCUCCGACCGGUUCUAAUUCCGCAAUCAUUCCUCCUACAGAGGAAGUCCCUCCUGCUUCUCAACUUGAGCAUGUUGUGGAGUUGGCAGAAGCAUCGACGGCAAACACGUCGACAAAUCUGAAUGCUCCUUCCGGUAGUACACUGCUGCCACAACUCCAGCAUAACCAACAAAGUUCGAGUCGAUUCUCUCUCAGUGAUGAUCAUUAUGAUCAGUACGUUAUGGCGGGCAAUCCAGGGCAAGCUAGGAUACGUCGUAAUAAACCUUUAUUAACAAGGCAAAGUGAUGUCAACGAUAAUGUUUCGUUAUUGAAUAGGCGUUCUACUUUAGCCUCGCCUCGUGAUCGUCAGACAGAUACAUCGCCAGAACUGAACGAGAACAUGGGCAGCUUGCCUAACUUAGCUGCUUUAGAAAAUACUGGGGUUCGUUUGAAACGAGAAGAAGCAGCAAGAUUAGCAUCCCAGCGACGACAAGAAGUAUUGAGAGAUCAAGAAGAUCAAGCAUUAUUACGUGCCAAUCCACUUAGAUAUCUAUUCCACCCGACUUUCCGGGCCUGGCUGCUGAGGUACAAAGUUCCUCUCCUUCUAGCAGCUGCCAAUUUAUCCUUGCUCUGUUUAUUCUAUAACUUGCUCACAUAUGACAAAAAGCGAAACAGUUAA